AUGCGGUUCGGUUUGGGUGCUGCUGCCGUCUGCCUGCUGGCCGCCGCGGCCUCGGCCGUCAGCACCACCGGCAACAGACUGCUCGUGGUUCUCGACGAGCUGGCCGACAAGGAAAACUACGGGCGAUUCUUUGCAGACUUGACGAAGCGAGGCUUCGCAAUCACCUACGAGACACCGAGAAGCGAGCAUGUGAAGCUGUUCGAUCUGGGGGCGAGGACGUACGACCACUUGAUCUUGCUGCCCGCCAAGAUGAAGGCUCUUGGCCCCAACCUGACGCCGAAUAUCCUCGUCGACUUUAUCAACGCCAACGGCAAUAUCCUCGUCACGCUGUCGUCCAAGACGCCCGCGUCGUCGUCGCUUACUGCCCUCCUUGCCGAGGUGGACAUUACGCUGCCCGCCGAGCGGACCGGCACCGUCGUCGACCACUUCAACUACGACGCCGUGUCGGCCCCCGACGCCCACGACGUGCUCGUGCUCGACCCUCCGGCCAACGUGCGUCCCGGCCUGAAGACGUACUUUGAGGUUCCGGGGCCGGUCUCGUUCCCUCACGGUUGCGGGCAUGCGCUCGGUCCGGGGGCUCUGCUGACGCCCGUUCUGCGUGCGCCCUCCACUGCGUACAGCUGCAACCCCGCUGACCAGGGUGGCGUCGUCGACCCGGAGGACUUGUUCGCCGCCGGCGCGCAGCUUGCCCUGGUGUCUGUCUUCCAGGCUCGCAACUCGGCCCGGCUGGCCGUGGUGGGCUCUGCGGAGAUGCUGCAGGACAAGUGGCUGGACGCCGAGGUCUCCCGCCCGGACGGCCCGAGGACCAAGACUGCGAACCGGGAGUUUGCCAAGAGAGUCUCGGGCUGGACGUUCCAGGAGAUGGGGGUCCUGAGGGUCGACGGCGUGGAGCAUCGGCUCAAGGGUGACAAUGCCACCAACCCGGAGAUAUACCGCAUCAAGACCGAUGUCUCCUACAAGAUUGCUCUGUCCGAGUAUUCAUGGGACGCCUGGCACCCCUUCACCCUCCCUGCUGGCGAUGAGCUCCAGCUCGAAUUCUCCAUGCUCUCGCCGUUCCACCGCCUGAACUUGAAGCCCGUCGCAGCGACCACGGGCGCCGCCACCGUCUACGGCACGACAUUCACGCUGCCGGACCAGCACGGCAUCUUCAACUUCAAGGUCAACUACAAGCGCCCGUUCCUGACCAACAUCGAGGAGAAGAACACUGUGAGCGUGCGCCACAUUGCGCACGACGAGUGGCCCCGAAGCUAUGUCAUCUCCGGAGCUUGGCCGUGGAUUUCGGGCAUUGCCGCGACGGUGUCUGGAUUCCUGGGAUUCUGCGCCAUCUGGAUGUACAGUAAGCCGGUUGACGAGAAGAGCAAGACCAAAUAG